AUGUACUCGGGGAACGGCAGUGGCGCCAGAAGCGGCGGCGGGAGCAGCCUGAACCCGGAGGAGCAGGACCUGGAGCAGGCGGCGGCCGAGGACGCGGCGCCGCCGUUCAGCGCAGGCACCUACGAGCUGCUGGCCCUGCUGAUCGCCACCAUCGGCCUCCUGGGCUUGUGCAACAACCUGCUGGUGCUGGUGCUCUACGCCAAGUUCAAGCGGCUCCGCUCGCCCACCCACCUCUUCCUGGUCAACAUCAGCCUCAGCGACCUGCUCGUGUCGCUCUUCGGCGUCAGCUUCACCUUCCUCUCCUGUCUCCGGAGCCGCUGGGUCUGGGACGACGCCGCCUGCGUGUGGGACGGCUUCAGCAACAGCCUCUUCGGAAUUGUUUCAAUUAUGACCCUCACUGUCCUGGCCUAUGAACGUUACAUUAGAGUAGUGCAUGCAAGAGUGAUUGACUUCUCGUGGUCCUGGCGGGCUAUCACGUACAUCUGGCUCUAUUCGUUACUCUGGACAGGAGCACCUCUCUUGGGCUGGAACCACUAUACACUGGAAAUACACGGUUUAGGUUGCUCAGUGGACUGGAGGUCAAAAGAGCCCAACGAUGCUUCCUUUGUUCUCUUUUUCUUUCUUGGUUGCUUGGCGGCACCUGUUGUGGUUAUGGCCUACUGCUACGGACACAUUCUCUAUGCAAUACGAAUGCUUCGUUGUGUGGAAGAUUUACAGACUGUCCAAGUGAUCAAAAUCUUAAGAUAUGAAAAGAAAGUAGCCAAAAUGUGUUUUUUAAUGAUAACUACAUUUCUCAUUUGUUGGAUGCCAUAUGCAGUGGUCUCUCUUCUAAUAGCCUAUGGGUAUGGUCACCUUAUAACUCCUACAGUGGCUAUAAUUCCUUCUUUCUUUGCCAAAUCAAGCAUUGCAUACAACCCAGUUAUCUAUAUCUUCAUGAGCAGAAAGUUUCGACGAUGCCUUCUGCAGCUCUUCUGUGUUCACCUCCUGAAAUACCAAAGGAACUUGAAAGACAGGCCGACAAUAGGGAGUGAAAAGCCAAUAAGGCCCAUAGUCAUGUCUCAAAAAGCAGGGGACAGGCCCAAAAAGAAAGUGACUUUCAGCUCUUCCUCCAUCAUUUUCAUUAUCACCAGUGAUGACAAGCAACCGAUAGACAAUGGUGCCAAACAUGCUGGCACAAAAGUCAAUGUGAUCCAAGUGAAGCCACUAUAGCGGGCUGUAUUCAACUGCUAUUGUAAGCAAAGUGGACUUUUGACAACCAAAAUGAUUUGAUUAACAACUCCUCUUGGGCUUGGGCAUCUGUGGCAUAAUUAAGAAGAAACCAGCACCU